GAUGCCUUAACAGGGACGUAAGCUGAACGGCGAAGACAGCACCGUCUAACAAGCUUAACGCACGUAGCAAUUUGUGAAAGAGAGAUCCUAGUGGCACUUGUACACAACCUUCCCCUUUUGCUCUUUAACAUCAACAAUUGCUUCAUACGUGCGAUAACAAUUAGAUCAAAGACGUAGCUUCGUAGAUCUGUGUUUUGCUUGAUUCUCGCAGCAAAAGGGUUUGUUUGUCGUUCGGCUUCAUCCAUGGAUUCUUCUUCAGGGUCGGAAUUCGAUUAUUUGUUCAAAUUGUUAAUGAUUGGGGAUUCAGGAGUUGGUAAAAGCAGCCUCCUCUUGAGUUUCACGUCUGAUACCUUUGAAGAACUUUCUCCUACCAUUGGGGUAGAUUUCAAAGUCAAACAUGUUACAGUUGGGGGGAAGAAGUUAAAGCUUGCUAUUUGGGAUACCGCUGGGCAGGAGAGAUUCAGAACUCUAACCAGUUCUUAUUAUAGAGGAGCCCAAGGAAUUAUAAUGGUUUACGAUGUAACCCGGAGAGAUACAUUCACAGACUUAUCUGAUAUAUGGGCAAAAGAAAUCGACCUCUACUCAACCAAUCAAGAUUGCAUCAAGAUGCUUGUUGGCAAUAAAGUUGAUAAGGAACAAGAUAGGGUUGUGACAAAGAAAGAAGGAAUGGACUUUGCAAGGGAAUAUGGAUGCCUUUUUAUCGAAUGUAGUGCAAAAACGCGUGUCAAUGUGGAGCAGUGUUUCGAGGAACUUGUUCUCAAGAUUUUGGAUACGCCAAGUUUGACUGCUGAGGGGUCAACUACUGUGAAAAGAAACAUAUUUAAUCAAAAGCCUCCAUCAACUUCAGAUGCAUCAGCUAGUGGAUGCUGCUGAAUUUGAUGCUAGUGGAUGCUGCUGAAUUUGAUGUGUUGUAACCUGAGGAAUAUGUAUCAUGUGGGAUGGAUGUUUGUUAUUUCUUUCAUGUUCUUUGAAACGACCCACCCUUGUAUCUUUGGUUGAACUAUGAUCAUGAUAAUAUUUAUUAUAUGCUGAAAUUGGUUGAUAAAA